AUGGCAUCAAAUCCAUCUGUAUUUUUCGUUGGGGCUGGGUAUAUAGGCCUCAAUGUUCUUGAUCAACUUCUUGAUGCGAAGUACCGAGUAACGGUCCUGACUCGACGCACCGAGCAAGCCUCGGAGCUGGAGAAACGUGGUGUCAACCCAAUUAUUGGUUCGUUGAGUGACUUGGAUCUGCUCACAACCCAAGCUGCAAAGCAUCCAAUCAUCAUCAACACGGCAUCUUGCGAGGAUUUGCCCAGCGUGCUGGCGAUAUUAGCUGGAGUGAGGCAACGAGUUUCUGAAAAUCUUCCGGCUACCUAUCUUCACACUAGCGGAACAGGGAUACUCGAGGAUGGUGCAGGUGGGAUGUACAAAGGCGACAGGAUAUAUGGCGAUGCCACUCGAGAGGACAUCGAUUCUAUUCCCGCUUCAUCAAUGCAUCGUCAUGUCGAUAUCCCUAUCAAUGAGGCCGCACAAGAAUUUGGAGAUCGAGCGAAAAUCGCUGUGAUUAUUCCACCAUUUGUAUAUGGAUACAACUCCGCUCACAAGCGACAUUCAAUGGCAAACCCUGCCUUUACGCGAUUCGCAUUGAAACAUGGCUUUUCUGGACAUGUGGGCGAGGGCCGGAAUAUCUGGAGUGUGGUCCACGUCAAAGAUUUAGCGCGUGCCUUUUUGACGGUUUUGAAAUACGUCGAGACUGUCUCACCUGCGGUACUUUUGGAGAACCUUUGGUUCUUUGCUGAGAACGGAUCUGAGGUGGCCAUGAUUGAGUGUGCGAAGCAUAUUGGCGAGGCCUUAUUUGACGCUGGUAAAAUCCAAAGCUCUGCCGUGAGGUCCUUUACCGAGUCUGAAUGUGUUGAUGUCUUCGGCCCCUUCACCAAAAGAGGACUUGGUUGCAAUUCCAGGAGUCGUGCGGAAAGGCUAAGAGCUCUGGGUUGGGAGGCCACGGAAAAGGAUGUCUGGACUAGUCUCAGGGAGGAUGAGAUUCCAGGACUACUGGCGGAAUUGGAGGUCACAUCAUCGUAG